CGGUAAUGUAUGGCAAAUUCAUAAAACUGCUCCUCACUCACUUUCUCUAAAGCAUUUCACUGCUUGAAUUCUUAUUUGAAUAAUAAUUUGAAAAAUCAAGAAGACAAUAUUAGCGCUUCAAAAUAAGGUCUUCAUAUGAACUCCAACCAUAAAGUUCGCUUAACUACAAAUGUUUUGUGGAAAAACUUUGCUUCUCAAUCCACAAUUCAUGGCUUACGAAGGAUUUCUGAAACCGAAAAUACUAUCGGAAAAGUACUAUGGACGCUCAUAUUUUUGACUGCCUUGGCUGGGCUCACAUAUCACUGCUCCUUCCUAAUUCAGAAAUACCUGAAAUUUUCAAAGGUUACCACGACAGAAGAAAUUCAUGCCAAAGAACUGGAUUUUCCUGCUCUGACAGUUUGCAAUCUCAAUAUUCUCAAAAAAUCUUUCAUACAAGAUCAACUGGAGAAGAAUCAAAAUACGACUUUUAAAAGAACGAAAGGUUUCUGCUUUGAAUCGGAAGAGUCAUUUUUGAAAAAAAGCGAUGCUAAAGAUCUCAGUGAUAUCUGGGCGAACCUCGGAGUGACACUAGAACACCUUAAGACUUAUGGGCAUAAAGUUUAUGACCUGAUUGUUCAAUGCACAUAUAAUUCCAAAGAUUGCUUUAAUCAAAGCAUAACAAAGGAUCUUCCAUUGGAAACGGAAAAUAUAGCAAUAACCAAUUACCCUUCGACAAGACUUGGAUUUUGUCAUACGAUUAAACUGAAUCAGACUACUCUUGGUAAAGUCAGAAGAACGGGCCAAACAUUAGGUUUAACGUUAACUUUGAAUAUCGAAAGGAAUGAAUACUGGGAUCUUUUGUCUCCAGAGUAUGGAGUUAGAAUAAUGAUUCAUCCAAGAGAAGCUUAUCCCACAGUUGAUCGAGGGGGUAUAGUUCUUCAUCCUGGAACGAAAUCCUACAUUAGCAUUCGAAUACGUGAAAUCGAAAGGCUUCCUUAUCCUUAUGGAGACUGCACAGAAAAUUUCAAGGAUUCACCUCUCUCGGAACUUCUAAAAAACAACUAUGAGGAUUACUUAAAAAAUCAUACUUAUUACACAUACGAGUUUUGUCAAUCAGUAUGCAGAGAAAUACAUCUCCUACAAAACUGUGACUGUGUUGAAGAACAAGUUAAUAGCACGCAUAGAUUUUGUAACCCAUGUGAUAAAAAAGCAGAUUUAUGUAAAGACAAAUUCAAAUCAGCUUUCGAUGAUAAUGAAACAAAUGCUUGUACUUUUCUUUGCAAACCAGCAUGUCAAGAUACUCGUUAUGACGUUACACUUUCGACGUCUGAAUGGCCGAAUCUGGAAUUUCAAGAAUUCGUUCUCAAAAGAUGGCCUAAUCUAAGAUCAGAUUUUGUAGAAAGUGCUGAUAAUUCCUCAGAUCAACUUAAUGAAACAUAUAUAAACAAAAACUUCUUGAGAGUGCACAUUUUCGUGCAAGAAAUGAAUUAUCUGCGUUUCAUGGAUUUAGAAGCUUAUUCGCUUCCAGAAUUAUUUGCAGAUCUUGGAGGUUGCUUGGGUUUGUACUUAGGAGUGUCACUCAUUUCCAUAAUAGAAUUCCACGAACUUUUGCUUCACAUAGUCUCUCUGUUUUGUACUAAACUGAAUAGAAGCUUUACACUAGAAACCCCCAAGUCUUCAACUGUGAGUUUGACAAGAUCUUUUAGUAGAUCUGCUGAUGAUUUAGUGAGCAUGUCACGUUCUAAAGCACCCUAUGAUAUUAAUCUCAGACCUGAAGGACCAACACCGCCAAUAUUUUGGAUGCGAGGAAAAAAUGGCAGUCACAGUAUUUUUAAAGUUCAAGAUAUGCAAAACAUCUCAGAUGAAGACACAUAUAGAAGGAAGAUGUGUUUCAAAUGCUUGUCUGAUAUCGAAAAUCUUCGUAGCAAUUAUUUGUACAGAAGACGUCCCCUUAAAACAGUUUCAAAAUCUGGAAAAUUAAGCACAAAUUCUUCAUCCUAA